ACUGUACAUGUAGCUAGCCGCGCAGUACAUGUGUCCUAGGCCUAGAAGGCUGACUGUGUGUGUGAAGAUGUGGGGCAUAAUCCUGGGCACUGCUGCAACUGCUUUGGGAGCUGCUAUCUUUGUAGCCAACUCACCAUGGUACCUUCCAAGCCGUAAGCCAUAUGACCUGUCUAAGCUUGGCUUCACUGAGUUGGUUCGACUGGACGAUAGCAAGAGCGUAGUGAAAGCCAGUGAGCUGUGGAGAGAGAAGGGUGCUGUUAUCAUGGUGGUACGGAGGCCUGGAUGACCUUUGUGCAGAGAGGAAGCUGCAGGGCUCUCCUCUCUGCUCCCCCAGCUCCAGGAGAAGGGGGUACCACUGUAUGGGAUAUUGCACGAGGAAAAGGGUGCUGGGAAAUUUGGGACAUUUUUGAAGGGAGGGGAGCUCUUUCUGGACAAUGCGAAAGCAUUUUAUGAUAACAGAAUUGGGCUGCUUGGUCUCCUUCGUUGGCAUGCCCUCAAGACGUCUUGGCAGACCACUGCAAAGGGCAACUUGAAAGGAGAUGGUACACUUCUUGGAGGUACCAUGGUGAUAGGCACUGGAGACCAAGGCAUUCUCUUCCAGCACCAGUCCAGAGAAUUUGGUGAUCGUGCCGAUUCUGAUCAGAUCUUGGCUGCCGUGCAGAAAAUAAACAAUUAAUCCUACCAUACCAUUAACUAUUUAGUUUGCAUCGCAGACAGCCUGUUAUUUCUGAAGAUACAGAAGUAAAUGCAUUUUUAUGAUGUACUUUUGUGUCUGAUGCUUUUUGGUGUAGCAGUGUUUAUGCUUGUGAUUAUUUUAUCCUCUCUUUUAAUAA